UGGUAAUACGUUAUUGAUGUAUGAUUACGGACGUACCGGUGAAAGGUGUCGAUUUCUUCUUGAUAUCUUCGAGCAAAAGAAUUCGAGAAGAACGUUCGCCUCAAACCAAAUCCAUGAAGGAACUCUGUUCUUUGAAAAGAUGAACACCACUUAUUGUAGUAAAAUAGUUGCGAACGUUUAAUAAAAUACUUUAUUUCGAACGAAGGUAAGUUAAAUUAAAUUUACUUGUACUGUAUCGUGAGUAUUUUAUUUUUAAUUAUUACAGAGCGUAUUUUAAAUUAAAUAGAUACUUCUAUCAGAAAUAUAAAUCAUGGUUUAUUUACAAGCACUGUAAUUCUAAAUGCCACGCCUUCGAUGCCGAAAAUCCUCAACGCUGAAAUCCUCCAGCCACACAUUCUAAAUUCUUCCUUCCCACUUCACCCAUAUUCAACCCUCUUCCUCCACAUUCGUUACCCUACUGUACGCAUAUUGCGUAGGCGACGCAGAUCGUCGCAUGUGCCCCAAAAACCGGUGACACACUGUGCCCAAAUCGCUCGAGGCAAGAAUCCAGAAGGAAGGCCGUGAAACUAAUCCGUUUCGUUAGUCAGGUCACGUUCCCUUGCUUCGAACGAAAACAUUAUUUUUUCCGCGAUAGGACCUCGCAGGGCCGCAAUCUAUGUAGGCCAGUCGGCCCAACCGCAAUCGGAAGCCCGUAUGUCGACUGGCAACCAGACAGAGUUAGUGGUAUCACCUUCAGCGCCAAGGUCUCGACCCCCCACCCCCUGUCGUUCGUGUUAUCAUCGCCAGUCCGUCAUCGCGUACGAACUUGGCAUCUUUCUGUAUCGUAUUUGUUCACUGGACGUCGGCCGAGCGAUACGAACCGAGAGGAAAGGUUUUCUCUCCCUUUUUCCACUCUCUCCGCAAGGGUGAAAGGUUCACGAACCGUGAGGAAGAAUCGGCACACACGCCUCGCGGAGAACUGAGAAAGCCACUGGGCGACGAUAUCGAUCGUUAUUAGGCUUUUAUUAGACGGAAGUGUUGUCGAUGGCGCGCAGAGGGUACAUCUACACGGGGGGUCGUGUUAACUUAAGUGAAAAUAUCACCGAGAGGUCCGUCAGGGGCUGACCACCUCCUUUGCCUUAAUUCCCGCGCGAUCUGUCACAGAGUCUGAUCGCGCUGCUCCCAGAGGCAGGAUGCUCUUCUCGUUCUCCGGCUUCGUCCCGAGAUCCGAAGAGGUCUGCGUUGAACGCUGCGCGUAUUCGAGACUGGUCGACGGUACCUGGAUCGUGCCGGAGUGCUUAAAAGAAAAAGGGACAAUUACUUCUGUCAACAAAUUUUUGACGUCGUUACCAGCGAAGUUCGAAGACGUAUCAGAGGAAGGACGUUCGGAGCGAGACCGUUGGGAAACUAUCGGAUAGCUGUCGCAGGAAUGCGAAACACGUUCUGUGAACUAUAACUUUCCCAAGUUUGAUAACCGAUUGACCGGAAGCGUUUAAGCGACGGACCGGAUGCCGCGAUAUCGCCCGGAUAAUGGUAUCAUUAAUGUCGUCGUUUGCCACGCGAGACACGGUGAAUUAGAGUGCGGUUGCUGCUGAAACUAUGCCAUCGUCGGCUAGUACGUCUUAAGGUUCUUUUUUCUCGUGGACAGUAUUGAGUGUUUCUCUUAGAGGAUCAGUUAAAAAACGAUGACUGUGUAUGAGUGCUUUGUUCGAUCUUACUUGUGUAUUACCACUUUGCUCUUGAAAGGUGACUUAAUUUUCAAAUCUCGAAUUAGUUUAAUCAAAGCUUAGCAUUCGUGGCAGUAGAAUGCUAAGGAAGCAUCUCGAGUUGCUGGUAGAUACCAGAAAAAAGCCUUCGAGUGCAAAGGGUUAAUAGACGAAGAAGUGAUAAAGGUUCACGAUGGAGGCGCGUGAAAAGUCCAUCGAAUGGGCCCUGCUGUUCCCCUUGAAGGCAGGCCUCUUCGCCAUGAAGUCGUCCUUGUCGUCCAAGAGCGUGAAUCGCGAGAAGGACAGACUAUCCAAGAAGAAUCUGCUCCCCAGCCCUAGAAUACGUCGAGGCUCCUCAUUGUCCGAUUUGGACAAGCUGCAGAGCAAGCCAGUCCUCCCGGAUGUGGUGAGAUCCACGGAGAAAUGCUCCGAAUCUCUUCCCCACUCGCCAGCCUUCUCGAGGACGAACCUUCAGCUGGGGAAUCUUUACGUCAGGGGCAGCAUAGGCGACCUGAUGAAUAUGAAGAAAUACGGCGCGUCCACGUGGAGCGUGAGAAGUGAGAGUCUGAUCGCCAAAGCUGUGCCUCUAAGCACGGUGACCCCUAGGCACAGCCCGCCGUUUGAAAAGAGCGUCGAGGAUCUUGAAGACGAGCUCCAGGAUGAGUGCCAUGUCCCCGGGAAGCCUUUAACCUGCGCUCAAAGAACGCAGAGGCUCAGCAAACUCAUCAAGAAGCAGAGACGCAUGAUGGUCUUCAGCCCCAAGACCCUGCAGCGUGAUCUUGUAAGUGGAGGCUGGAGGAACCUUUUGAAUUCUAUUCUUGUGUCUGGAGAUGGAGAUUGUAAUUAAUUUCGAUCGUAAGAUUGAGUACUAUUUUUG